AUGCAAAAGCUAGUGAUCUAUGUUUAUAUUUACCUGUUCAUGCUGAUUUCAGUCGAUCCGGUGGCUCUUGAUGACGGUAAUCAGCCCACAGAGAACGCUGAAAAAGAUGGACUGUGCAAUGCUUGUACGUGGAGACAGAAUACAAAAUCUUCCAGAAUAGAAGCCAUAAAAAUUCAAAUCCUCAGCAAACUGCGUCUGGAACAAGCGCCUAACAUUAGCAGGGAUGUUAUUAAACAACUUUUACCCAAAGCUCCUCCGCUACAGGAACUGAUUGAUCAAUAUGACGUCCAGAGAGACGACAGUAGCGAUGGCUCUUUGGAAGACGAUGACUAUCAUGCCACCACCGAAACAAUUAUCACGAUGCCUACAGAGUCUGAUUUUCUUGUACAAAUGGAGGGAAAGCCAAAAUGUUGCUUCUUCAAGUUUAGCUCUAAAAUACAAUAUAACAAAGUAGUAAAGGCACAAUUGUGGAUAUACUUGAGGCAAGUCCAAAAACCUACAACAGUGUUUGUGCAGAUCCUGAGACUUAUUAAACCCAUGAAGGACGGUACAAGAUACACUGGAAUUCGAUCUUUGAAACUUGACAUGAACCCAGGCACUGGUAUUUGGCAGAGUAUUGAUGUGAAGACAGUGUUGCAAAAUUGGCUCAAACAGCCUGAAUCCAAUUUAGGCAUCGAAAUAAAAGCUUUCGAUGAGAAUGGACGGGAUCUUGCUGUAACUUUCCCAGGACCAGAUGAAGAUGGAUUGAACCCAUUUUUAGAGGUCAGAGUUACAGACACACCAAAACGGUCCCGCCGAGAUUUUGGCCUCGACUGUGACGAGCACUCGACAGAAUCCCGCUGCUGCAACCCGCUGACAGUGGAUUUUGAAGCUUUCGGAUGGGACUGGAUUAUCGCUCCCAAAAGAUACAAAGCCAAUUACUGCUCUGGAGAAUGCGAAUUUGUAUUUUUACAAAAAUACCCACACACUCACAUGCUGUACUUCAACGGGAAAGAACAAAUAAUAUACGGCAAGAUACCGGCCAUGGUUGUAGACCGCUGCGGGUGCUCAUGAGAUCAUCGCGAGAUCCGUUGCUUCAUAAAUUGUGGAAG